CUGCUUUUCCAAUUUUUAUUUACCACGUUUCAGUACCCGCGCCUGUCGGGCUUGUAUAUGAGAAGUUGAGAAAUUUCAAUUUUCAGGCUCAAUUUGAUUGUAAUCCAACGUUUUGCCUUUCAGUUUUUUGACAUUUUCCUUUGAUAAAUCAGAAAAAUAAAAAACAAUAAAUAGAAAAGCCUGGAAAGCUUGUUUUACUGUAAAACCCGGCGGAGAUCGGGCUAAUUCCCUGUGCACCCGAAGAAAAUGAAACUGAUAAUAGUCCACCAAAAUCAGGAAAAUCGCGUCGGCGCCGGCGGCGAGGAGCAAACGGUGAAAACCGAAGCCGAGGAGGUCGAGCAAGCGGAGGAGUCUCCGAUUCGCGUCCCGCCGGCGAGUGAGGGCUUUCUGGCGCUGGAGGCUCCUCCGGUACCCGAUAAUAACCCGAUGCUUGUCUCCGGCAAGAGGAAGAGGAAGCCGAAGGAAAUGAUUGACGAGGUUUCUCCCAUCUACAGGAGGAAGAAGAAGAAAUCCUCCUCUUUGAAACCUAAGGAAGAAGCUGACUCUUUGUGUUUUCGGAAGAAACUUAGUGGCAUUGUCAGUGUUAUCAAUGGCAGAUGGGGGAAAAUGUUCAAACUGAAAUCCUGCCGUAAUGCUAUCUUUCACAAGUUUGUAAUGGCGAUUAGGCUUGACUUGGUUUGUUAUCUGAGCUUUCUCAGUUGCAAUGGGCAGUGUUUUUGGGGUUUUGGUUUACACUUUGCUAACACCACCUCUGCCACUAUGGUGAAUGAUCACAAGAAACUAAUCAAAUACAGUAUCCAACCGGUUUAUAAAUUGCUUGAGCAGGGUUCGCCUGAUAGUGGAGGCACACAGAUAAGUAAAGGAGAUACCACAGUUGGUGGAUCAAGCAAUCCUGCCCAAGUGAAGUCACCUACUUUGAUUCGAGCAGAGGAGGUUCAGAUGAGUUUGAGCAAAGACCACCCUUCGUUUUUAAAAGUUUUAGUCAGAUCACAUGUUGCCAGUUGUUUCUGGAUGGGUCUUCCUGUUCCCUUCUGCAAGAUACACUUACCUAGCAAGGACACUCAGGUUGUUCUUGAAAAUGAAAAUGGGGAAGAGUUCUCGAUCAAAUACAUUGCGCAUAAGACGGGUCUAAGUGCUGGGUGGAGAAAAUUUGUUGCUGGAAACAAGUUGAUUGAAGGAGAUGUUCUGAUCUUCCAACUAAUCGAGCCUUGCAGAUUAAAGGUAUAUGUUAUAAGGGCAAACGAUUUGACCGAGGUUGAUGGUGCUCUUAGUCUUCUGAUAUUGGAUUCCAAAAUAAAACAGGAUGCUGAGGAAAACAUGGAUGCCCAAACCAAGAAAAAGCGCCCGAAAUCUCUCCCUCUAACAGUCGUGCAGAAGAAGAAAGACACCGAAUUCCCCUCACUAAGACCCCAUAUCGUCGGUUUUCCCGAAGAACAUUCCGGAAACAACAGCGAGGAGGUUGCCUCCGAGGUCCUCGAGGGCACUAAGUCCAACAUAUCUUCCAUCCAAUUCAACGACAUAAAGGGCUUCGAGGACUUCCGCAUCAUGGUCAAUGGUGUGUGUCUCGACCCAGAACUGCCCGAACACAUUCGCCGGGCUUACUACGACUUAUGCUGCAGCAAGAAUGCUUACCUUCACGACCGUGUUCUCCCGGGCCUUUACAGCAAGCUAGCUGCUGGAAUGAUAGUUGAAACCAUAAGCAUUGCUGACUUUAUAAGGGGCUGUAAGCUGACCACCCCAAGAAAGGAUUUUGAGGUGGGUGAGAAGUCUCUGAGGUCGUUUGAGCUUCUCGGGCUGAAUGUGGGCUUUUUGCGGGCCCGUUUGCGCCGGCUUCUCAGUUUGGCGCACGAUUCAGAAGGCGGGAUGGAUGUGAGGAGGUACUUUGAGGCCCAGAAGGAGAAAAGUGAACUUGAGGAUGAGAUUUGGAAACUCGAGACGAAGCUUGUGGAGUUGAAGGAAUUGUAUGGUAAGUGUGCUUGUGAUGUGGAGAAUUUGCAGGCGAAAGCUGAGAGCUAUCAGGCUAAGUUUCAGGAGGAGGUUGAUGCGCCAUGGUAAAUGUUCUUUCUUCUCGUUCGAUCUGUAUAAUUGUGAAGAAAAAAGGAAGUAUAAUAUGACUUAGUUUUUUUUUUUUUUUUAAAUUAAUGUGUUGUUACUUGUGACUAGCUUAAGACUUUGAGAGGUUUUCUUUUACUUCUGUCAAAAGUUGUAACUCCCUUGUUGACGUUGAGGGAUAUUUUAGCUAAAAUAGGUUGAUCAGACUGUUGGAGUUUGUUUCAUGCAUUUGCCGUGCUUUUUGUUGGUAUAAUGGAGUUGGUCUGGCAAGACGAGUCUUUUCGUUUCUGGGUCUGAGGCCCAACUGGAAAAUUACGUUGGGCUGGGUAAUUGAAGCUUAAGAUUAGGGCCCAUGCUUAAGGUCACGGGCUUUGCUUAGGCUGAUCUAACUUUCCUGGCCUGGCACAUUGGGUCAAUUGAGUAUGCUCGUAUAAAGAAUUGAAUCAUUUUGGGCAGAGUUA